GCACAACCAGAUCCCAUAUUUCCUUAAAGAUCGGGAUCGUUUCCCGCUCACAAUUUAGCGAUGAUCGCCAAGCGAAGCGCCCAAUAACGAUCCUCAAAUCUCUCGUCUCAAAAGUCAGGCGUGCUGCUCCUUUCUUGAGACCUAGUUUAUGAAACCAUCUCCCGCCAAGACUUAGAGCAAACAACCCAAGAAUGCCAAGCUGCCAAGCUGCAAAGCAGUUCAGCCUGACCGAGCCAUAGGGUCCAAGCCCUAACCGUGACUCCCCACAAACGCCCUCCACACAACCCCCCCAACAUCACCUUCACAUUAACGUUCAACAAACAGCACCACCGCUAUCAACACAUCUGCCAGCAACAGCCCCACGCAAUGGCCAAGUCUAAGAACUCAUCCCAACACAACAACAGUGCAAAAGGUAUUUCCGAAAGAAUUCCGGCUGGAUGGAACCCUCGAGAUACAGGGGAACUAAUUUGAUGUUGGUGGAAAAUAGCGCACAGGAACGGCAUCAAGAAGCCGAAAACUUAUAGAUAUCCUUCCCUGAAGGGAACUGACCCUAAGUUCCGAAGGAACCACAGGUUUGCCUUGCCCAUCCAUUCUUCUUAAUGAAGGCUCUUGCUAACGGAAAUGCCAGACAUGCUCUUCACGGAACUAUGAAGGCCUUGGUACGCCCAGUCCAUCCUUGCCCCCCCCUCCCCAUAACCGCAUCCACGGGCUCGUACGGGUACUAACUCCCUAACAGAAGGAACUCAAGGAGGGAAAACGCGAGACCGCCUGAACACCUCUUACGAUUCUGACUCUCU